GGGGCGAUAAACGCCAGUCUGACUAUGACGUCACAGAAGAAGACACGGCGCGGCAGCUGAAGAAGAAACUGUUACUCUAUCAUGUAACGUUAACAUGACCAAGGUUAUCAAGUUAUUACCGGAACGAGACAUGAACAUCUUGUGAAGAAAACGGCCAUACCGUGUUGGUCGCGCAUUGAUAUCCUCACAAGUGGAGAUGAGCGUCCACUGCGUCCUGACGUCCGCUGGGCGAAGCUUGUCUCUAUCGUGUCCCGCCGCUGGACUGCUACGCUCCCUUCUUCCUCCUGCCAUCACAAGAAGAAACAUGUCCUCCAAAAGACAAAUGGACCACCUCGAGAGGACGGCACACAACCAGAGACAAAGCGCUCUGUAUCCUGCUCAAGUGUGCGGCAUCAUAAACGAGUCAGAGACUGUAAAACGUCUCAGGAUAGCCGUUCAUCCGGACUUUAACUUCAAGGCGGGACAAUGGGUGGAUUUGUUCAUCCCCGGAGUGGAGAAGGUGGGAGGUUUCUCCAUGUGCUCCAGCCCAGGUCUGCUGCAGAGGGAGGGGGUGGUGGAGUUGGCCGUCAAAUACUCCAAACACCCGCCAGCGCACUGGGUUCACACGGCGUGCACUCUGGGCUCCCAAGUGGCCAUGCGUGUUGGCGGGGACUUCUACUUUGACCCCUCACCUUCAGACCCUGCCGUCAAUCUGUUGCUGGUGGCCGGCGGCGUUGGAAUCAACCCGCUCUACUCCAUUUUGUCGCAUGCGGCGGAUUUGCUGGAAGUCAGCCGUGCCCCCAUGGGUUCAGCGCACCUCUGCUACAGCGCCAAGACCACCCAGGAGCUUCUCUUCAAGAAUUCCAUCCUGCAGGUGUGCGGGCAGUUUCCUGAUAAGUUGUCAUGUGACUUCCAUGUGACCCAGCAGAGCAACGAUCUUGAGACACAUCUCCAGUCUUUUGUCAACCGGCAAAGAAUCACAGCAGAGGAACUGCGGGCUCACGUGGACCCAGAAAGGACUUUAUGUUACCUCUGUGGACCUCCACCCAUGAUUGAGGCCAUCUCCAGAACCCUCCGGGACCUGGGCCUGGCACAGGACAGGAUUGUGUUUGAGAAGUGGUGGUAGUGACAUCAUCAGCAUCCUGCCCACUUGGGACCAGGAUGACGCCGUGUUUGUGGUGCAGGUGACAAUGUGAACAUGGGAUAUUUAUUAGACUUGGACUUAGACAAACUUUAACGAUCCACAAGGGAAAUUGGACCGAAAACAAGCCUUUACUCGGCUCCCAGGUGCCAAAUCCUCCACUGAUUCUUACAAAAGUCUUUUUCUUGUCGUGCUUAAAACCAGCUGCUACACAGCAGACUGUCAUGGAGCCUCCAGGUGGCCUCUGAUUGGUCCACAUUCCUCUCAGCAGGGGGCCACCCAUUGGUUUCCAGCGAGGAAAUAAAUGAGAUUGAAGAAACGCUUAAUUUAUCACCAUUUUUAUGUAAAUACAACACAUCCACAGUAGUCGGAAAUAAAUAGCAAUGUUGUAACAACAUCAAUGACAGGAAACGCUGCUUACGAAUACUCUGUUUCCGUAGCAACGGCUGCCUAAAUAAACAUUCCACAUCAAUCAUUCUUACGGUUCAUGUAAGAGAGUAUGUUUCUCUGGAAAUUAACAAAGGGCCGUUUCUUGGGCCAGCUCAGUUCUAGCACGGCACUUUCUCAGAAGAACGUCUCCAAAUUCUACAAAUGAACACAAAUUGUGUGAACAGGCCUGUGAGAAAGUAGUAAAACAAGUCCAAAUAAUACUUUCAUUGUGCAACAACAACACUUUUUCUUUCAACAACACCCGAGCAGCAAAGUGCAAUGGGACUCAUCAUUAGGUACACCUGCACUUCCCCUCAUUCAUGUUGCUAAUGAUGCAACUUUUUCUCUUCCAAACCUUGACCAAUCAUAGUGCAGCCAGCAGGAAGGGGACUCAUGUGCUUUACCUGACACAUGAAACGUGUCGAAUUAUGCCAUACACUAUCCACUUUAGCCACCAGAUGGCAGUAGAGUGUUGGAUUUCUUAAAAUGGGUUUUGUGGCAAUUCCAACUUUGACCACAGCGUCAGAGCUUUCCAUCAUUUUCAGAAGACAGCAUUGCGAAAUGACUACCCCUCUUCCUCUCACGUGAGAUCCACCCAUAUUAUUUAGUAUGUUUGAUCAAGUGAAAUGACUCAAUGUGCGGUAUGGAGAAAUCUAACCCUAUGCUGUCUUUAAGUGUACGUUUUUGCAGACACCGAGUAAUAAUUCAUGAGACGAAGCGCAUGACGCCGUAAGUUGAAAUAAAAUACCUUUAUUGUCGUUGCCUUCAAAAUAAGAGCACCGCUCCAGUAAAACGCCAAUAAGCCACACACAACAACAGUCAGCAGAUAUAAAUAGUAGCAGUGUUAAGAAAAGAUGAAUAAGCACUAAUAAAAGUGCAGUGCCUUGAUGAAGGUGAUGUGUGCGACUGUUCAGGAAAAUAUCUUUCUAAAUAUGCUCCUUUUUUUGAGACACCUCUAACACUUCCCUGAAGUCUUUUGAUACGUUUGUGGAUUCAUAUCAUGAUGCGGACACGUUUGUUGCUGGAUAUUUUCUAAUUCACUUCUGCUUUGGAGAGUUAAAGUUCAAUUAAGGACCUGUUUUAUUAAUGUCUCGCUUAUGUGCUUAGCUGUUGUGUAGCUGCUAGCAUGUUUACAUUUUGUGAAAUUGAAUAAAUUGUGUUCUUUUUAGAGGA